GCGCGCUCGUUCUCCUCCCUGCUGCCCCUCUCGCAAGUCAAUACGUAUGCGCGCUGCCACUCAAGUCGGCCGGCCUCUCGCAGUUUGUGCAAGCUCACAUUCCCAAAAUAUCGCGCAGCCAGCGAGCGAGCAAGCGAGCGAGUCGAGCCUGACUUUUCGCGUUGUAUUUUAUUUUGCCCUUGUUUGUGUGCCGCGCCGACCAGCCAACCGACCGACAGACCGACCGACCGACCGACCGCCGACGACCGACUUCGGGGCCCUUUUCCGUGUUUUGCCGCCGGGAAAACGACCGACCGGACGAAAAACCCGCAUGCUCAUCUCACGAAUGGAGUUACUCAUGGGAGCGUCGUCGACCGGGGUGGCUGGCUAAGCAGAGAUGACAAGCUGUGGCGCGGGCGUGCGCAGGGUCGGCUCCAGCGAGACGCUGCUGCCGUCUACAUCGGCGUCGCCGCAGCGUCAGGCCUCGUCCAGCUCCAGCCUGCUGCCGCCGUCGACCAUGGAGGCGCUGCCGUCGCCGAGCCUCACCGUGGCAGGAUGCUCGGUCGGCACCGGCGGCGCUGACGAGGUGCUGCUCAACCUCUCGGGGGUGGCCACGCCGCAGGAGGCGGCACGCUCCAUGCCCGACCUUGAGCUGCACUCUCGCCGCGCCAACGAGGCCGGUGCGCCGAUGCUGUUGCCGGCGCCCAACGCCGACGCUGUACUCGCCUGCCGACUGCGCUCCUCCCUCGCGCCGCACCCCUACGGCCGCUGCCGAUGCGAGGCCAUGCCCUUGGCGCGCUCGGCCUCCCGGGAGAGCGUCCGAAGCUCCCUUCAUCAGAACGCUCCGACCAUAAUGACAAGCGACAUUACGCUGCCGAUCGUGUUGACGCCACGCGAGCAGCACGUGGUGCCGGCGUGCAGCUCGCGCAUCAUCCGCCAGAGCUCGCAGCCCGAGUCGUCGUGCAUCCAUUGUCACCACCCAGCGCCAAGCGCCUCCCUCCGCCAACUGCGCGAACCCGGCGACGGGAUCGCGGGCAUCGCGGCCGAUUCCCUCAGGAUCAAUGGCGCCAUCCGCCAGUUCAAGCAGGGAAUUCUUCUGACACCGCAAACUCUAACCCAAGCAAGGAGAACGCGCUUCCGGAGGGCCCUAACCGACGCCAACAGCGAAACAGUCACCUACACCAAAACGUUGCGCAAGCCAACGUCGACGGCGUCCAUCCCUGGCGCGAUGAAAAACCAGUCCAGCAAAGACUCAGCGAGCGAGGAGGCCGGAAUCGCGUUGGUCGGAGUCCACUCUGAGUAUCCAAAGUACACGGAGGAGCGCAAGUCCCUGGUGCCGGGCACAGGUGGCGGCGGCGGGGGCUACGGGAACUACGGGGGCGGCGGAGGCCCCGGUAUCUUGUCGGCUGCGGGCGGUGGUUGUGCUGGCAAGCACAGCAAGCCCAACGUCGGCUACAGGCUGGGCCGACGCAAAGCCUUGUUCGAGAAACGAAAGCGCAUCAGCGACUACGCCCUUGUCAUGGGCAUGUUCGGCAUUAUUGUCAUGGUGAUUGAGAACGAACUCUCCAGUGCUGGUGUCUACACUAAGGCUACUUUUUAUUCGACCGCGCUGAAAACGCUCAUCUCUGUAUCGACUGUGAUUCUCCUCGGGCUAAUUGUAGCCUACCAUGCCCUUGAGGUGCAGGGCGUUGUAAACGAUUUUCCUGCUAGCAAAGAAUGCAAUUGCGGCAAAGUGCAUAAACCUCCGUCCACGGUCAAGCUGUUCAUGAUAGACAACUGUGCCGACGACUGGCGGAUAGCAAUGACAUGGCAGCGCAUUUCGCAAAUCUGCCUGGAGCUUGCCAUUUGUGCAGUCCACCCGAUUCCCGGUGAAUACUACUUCACAUGGACCACAAAACUAGCCAACAAGGGCGGCCAUCUCGACUCGAGGGAGGUGCCCUACGACGUCACGUUAAGUUUGCCCAUGUUUCUUCGCCUGUACCUCAUCUGCAGGGUGAUGCUGCUGCACAGCAAGCUGUUCACGGACGCUUCGUCGCGCAGCAUCGGCGCCCUCAACAGGAUUAACUUUAAUACGCGUUUUGUAUUGAAAACUCUGAUGACAAUAUGUCCUGGCACGGUGCUGUUAGUGUUCAUGGUGUCGCUCUGGAUCAUCGCAUCGUGGACCCUGAGGCAGUGCGAGCGGUUCCAUGACGAAGAACACGCCAACCUUCUAAAUGCUAUGUGGCUUAUCGCCAUAACUUUCCUCAGCGUUGGAUAUGGGGAUAUUGUGCCUAAUACUUACUGCGGGAGGGGAAUAGCUGUUACGACUGGUAUUAUGGGUGCUGGCUGUACUGCGCUACUAGUAGCUGUGGUUUCCCGAAAAUUGGAGCUCACUCGUGCUGAAAAACACGUGCACAACUUCAUGAUGGACACGCAACUGACGAAACGGUUGAAAAAUGCAGCGGCCAACGUGCUGCGUGAGACGUGGCUCAUCUACAAGCACACCAAGCUCGUGAAAAGGGUCAACCCAGGCAGGGUUCGCACACACCAGCGAAAGUUCCUGUUAGCCAUUUAUGCCUUGCGGAAAGUCAAAAUGGAUCAACGAAAGUUGAUGGACAACGCUAACACCAUCACUGACAUGGCCAAGACGCAAAACACGGUGUACGAAAUCGUGUCAGACAUGAACACGAGGCAGGACGUGCUGGAGGAGCGGCUGACUUCACUGGAGGAGAAGCUGAACGCCAUCCAGGAGCAGCUGGAGUCGCUGCCGGACAUCCUGACGCGGUGUCUGCGGCAGCACUCGGACCGCAUGGACACGCGGCGCAACUUCCUGCACCCCGAGUCGGCGGCGUCGCUGACCCCGGCGCCUGCGAUUCCUCCGCCGCCGGCGGCCGCCCCCGUCGGGCCCAUUCUCUCACAUUCCCGCAGCGUGCCCUCCUCGUGGAUCGGGGUGGGCACCCGCACCUCGCUGUUUGAGCGGGCGCCCACGCUGCCCCCUCCGCCCGGCUCGGUGCCCACUUCGCCGGCGGAGGGCACCGCUCCGUCGGCCUUGUCCAACACCAACGCGGCCAGCUGAGCCAAGCCCACGGCCGCCACCAUCGAAAGUGCACUGUGAGCGGCAGUGGUUUGGAAUCAACGUGCACCCCCGACCCCUGGCGACCAAUGCAGGUGGCUUGCACAAAGGUCUCUCAAGCCGCCUGUUACUCUGCGACAACACACGUCAUCUCCUCGGAAUCCACUACAUAUAAUAUGUGAAAAAUGUAUCUCACACGCGCGAUAUUACACACCGUAUUGUUUGCGUUUCCAUCGGAUAUUCGCAUCUCGCGUUGAGAUAGCUGGGCGGGAUCCAAUUAGAUAAAUACAUAAUUAUAUAUUUAUCAUUUCUCGAUUGUGUGUCACUUUGUUUGCGAUUAGAUAGGUUUUCGAUUUCAGAAAGAACCGUUGAGAGAACAGAUGUAAAAUUUUACUAUCAUCAAUAGUGGCUGUGCCUAGGACUAAUGUAUAUUAUUGAUCAUGCAUGAGAUUAUUACAAAAAGGUACAGGUAAGGAACUUUGCUUAGUUUUCCAUUUUUACCGAGCAGCAGUAUUCCGUUAGGUAGUACUCGAAAUUUGCAUUUUUACACUAAAGUGAAAAGCGGGCAAAGUUUAGCUGCCAAAGUGCUUUUUCCCAUAACAACAACAACAGUGUGUUUACUUUAUCAAGGUUUUUAAAAGCUCUCUUCAUUGGGUUGUUGCAUCCAUAGGAUUUCGCAUUGGUAAUAAUAAUAUUUUCUUUUAAAUAGCGGUUUUAAGUUUUCAACUUUAAGCAUUCGAUUAAUUUUAAAUUGUUAAACCAUUAUGAAAAACCAAUUUUUGUAGCACACACUCAAAAGUGAAAAAGUAUUUUCCAGCCAAAAUUUACAAAAAGCCCUCUUUUGGCUCAGUCUGCAGCGGUCGUUUUGGCCGAGCUGAAAUAUUUUUCGGAGCAGCAAAGUUCCUCGAUCAAAAUCACGCAAAUUUGAUGUUUUGAAAUUGCCAAUCCCGUGCCCUCCGAUUACCAUGUGCGACGACGUUGGUUAAUAGUUAACAUUGCAUAUAUCAGAGAGAAAUAAUAAUUGUUACAUCUAAACAUUUGCAGAGAGAGAGAGAGAG